UACUCCAGCACCUCCAGCCGACCCUAGAACCGCCACAAGCACCAUGUUAGACCUUUGAAGUAGUGCCCGAUCUGCAGCAACCAUGGUGCUUGGGUGGGCAUCAGACAGGCAAAGUGCCACUAAACGCUCUGUGACUGACUAGACUGGCAGACCCAAACUACCCCUGGACCGUGAAUGGGGCCCGGUGUAAUGCUAGACUCUUUCAGCACCCCUGUUUCUGGAUGUUGUGGAGAAAAUGCUUCAGGCUCUGUAACCUUUACUAGGCCCUUUGGUCCCCUGGUCUCUAGACAGUUAGAUGCAGCUGUUCUGACUGGUUCAGACUCCUCACCUUGCUUCCCCUCCCUAGUCCAGCCCUGACCUGGCCCCCAGGGAGAAUUUCCCCGGGCCAGAGGAAGGCCUAAGGCACAGGUGCCCACCCCAGCGAAGUUCCCGCCACCUGCCCAGUCCAGUACCCAGGGCCCAACCCCAGAGGGUGCGGAAUGACAGACUCUGACAAUCAUUAAACUAGCCAGGCCUGAUUUCCCAGCACCGCCUGCUAGGAUCUGGGCCAAGUGGCAGGGAAUAUGCAAAUCACCUGGGACCGGGAGCCCGGUCUGAAGGAAAUCCCCUUCAUCCAAUGAGCCACCAGCUCAGGUUACAACUGGGGACGCACACCGAAGACCUGGCGGGGAGGAGCUGGCGCACUGCUCUAUUUAGUGCGGGUGGGGGAGCGCUCUGGUCACACUCUCCACUGCUACCUGGCGGAGCCUUCAGCCGCCUAGAUUUCUUCCCUUCCUGUGGCCUCAGAAGCCUUCUUACCCGCCUGCCACAUCGAACUCUGACUCUCGGUAGGGUCACAUUCCCUAACUCUGGCCCCGGGAACCGUCCAGUGGAUUUACAAUUCUGAACUUAAAUACUCUAGCUUGGAGCUUCCUAGCCGGAGUGUUAGGUCUGUGUGGGUGUUCCAGGACUGGCCAGAGACCAGAUCAGUGUCUUGGAGGGACAGGGUGGCUGGCUUCUUUGGUUCAAGGGCCCAGGUGAUUUGUGGAGGGAGCCCCAGCAGAGUUGAUCUCAUGGUUCCACCCUGCUUGAGAUUAUUUUUUUUGGAGCGGAAUUUCCCAGUUUGGCGCUGGCUGGCCUGGUGCUUCUGGGCUCAAGAGAUCAUCCAACCUCAGCUUCCCAAGUAGCUGGUUCUUCGGGGUCUUUUUGAAGGGAGAAUGUCUACAGCGACGCUGAACUCCUUCCUGCCUCUUGGCUGUAGCUGCCCAGGCUUGGCCAGCACAGAGUAAUGGAAGUGCGCCUUGCCCUGCAACCUCACCAUCUUGUCUCCUCUUCCCAGGGGGCCUCAUGGCUGCCACCUGUGAGAUCAGCAACGUUUUUAGUAACUACUUCAACGCCAUGUACAGUUCAGAAGACCCCACCCUGGCCUCUGCUCCUCCAGCGACUGCCUUCGCCUGCGAUGACUUGGUGUUGACUAUGAACAACCCCCAGAUGUCGCUGGAAGGUCCAGAGAAGGCAAGCUGGUCAGGCCAGCAGCCCCAGUUCUGGUCCAAGACCCAGGUUUUGGACUGGAUCAGCUACCAAGUGGAGAAGAACAAGUAUGACGCCAGUUCCAUUGACUUCUCGAGAUGUGAUAUGGACGGCGCCACCCUCUGCAGCUGUGCCCUUGAGGAGCUACGACUGGUCUUUGGGUCUCUGGGGGACCAACUCUAUGCCCAGCUUCGGGACCUCAGUAAGUCUAGGCCAGGGGAGCCACGGGGCCUGGAGACUGAACAGGGAGGACAAGCCUUGGGAAGAACUUGGAGCUCCUCUGUCCUGCGAGAGGUGGAGAGUGACCCCUCCCUGCCCCUGCCAGCCUCCAGCUCUUCUGAGGAACUCAGCUGGAUCAUCGAACUUCUGGAGAAGGAUGGCAUGGCCUUCCAGGAGGGCCUGGGAGACUUGGGCGCCUUUGAUCAGGGAAGCCCUUUUGGCCCCGAGCUGUUGGAUGAUGGCCGCCAGGCCAGCCCCUACUACAGCAGUAGCUAUGGCCCUGGAGCACCCUCCCCUGGUAGCUCUGACGUCUCUACUGCAGGGACCACUACUCCCCAGAGCUCUCACUCCUCUGACUCCGGUGGAAGUGACUUGGACCUGGAUCUCACUGAUAGCAAGGUCUUCCCUAGAGAUGGCUUUCCUGACUAUAAGAAGGGGGAACCUAAGCACGGGAAGAGGAAACGUGGGCGUCCCCGAAAGCUGAGCAAAGAGUACUGGGACUGCCUAGAGGGCAAGAAGAGCAAGCAUGCCCCCAGAGGUACUCAUCUGUGGGAGUUCAUUCGAGACAUCCUCAUCCACCCUGAACUCAACGAAGGCCUCAUGAAAUGGGAGAACCGGCAUGAGGGUGUGUUCAAGUUCCUUCGCUCAGAGGCCGUGGCCCAACUAUGGGGCCAAAAGAAAAAGAACAGCAACAUGACCUAUGAAAAGCUGAGCCGGGCCAUGAGGUACUACUACAAACGCGAGAUCCUGGAACGGGUGGACGGCCGUAGGCUUGUCUACAAGUUCGGCAAGAACUCCAGUGGCUGGAAGGAGGAAGAGAUCAUAGAGAGUCGGAAUUAAGGGUUAGGACAGGACCCAGGACCUGACUCAGACACGAACUUGAACUGAAUGAAGCCUUCUUGGAAGGACAGGCAGGCCGGAAGGCCCCCUUAAUGUGGAUGUGUUCCCUGUGUUGCUGUAGAGAGGAGGAACCCGUCCAUCGGUUGUGUUGUAUCAUGAAGUACAGCCUGUGUGGCCUCUUGCCCUCCUUUUGGAAUUACAAGCCCCAGGGUUUGAAGCGACUUGUUCGCUGACUCUACAGCUGUGAGUCCAGCUCCUUCCAGCCCCAGCACUGACUGCCGAAGAGACCCACCUGCAGAUGCCUGGGCUCAGCCAAGGAGGCUGGGGAGACCGAGGGAGGAGAGUACAGGGACAGAAGGGGCAGGGUUGCCUUCUUCAACACUUCCUCCACCUCUCGGCCCAGUACUCAGGCUCCACAUGCGGGGGUCAGAGCGUCCCUAAUUUAUGUGCUAUAAAUACUCCACGUGUACAUAGAGAGCUAUUUUUUUUUUCUAAAGCAUCCCCCUCCCUGCUCUUCUCCCACUGAGUGCUGGUGGCCAGAUUGAUUGUUCUGGGGCUCCUAACCGGACCAGCAAGAAGUGGGGUGAUGCCAGAACCCUCAAGAUGGGGUUCCUGGAGGCUUAGGCCUCCAAUAAAGUGCCGUCUAGGCUUU